AUGAACUCCUCACCUUAUAAGUGGACAGCAACGCAAGCACUUGAGUUGCUCAAGAAUGAUACCAUCUCGGUGGAAGAAUAUGCCCAAUCGCUCCUAGAUCGUAUCCAGGAUAGAGAUCGCAUUGUAAAAGCAUGGGCGCAUCUAGAUCUGCUGAGCCAAGCCCGACUUCUUGACAAAGUUCCCGUUGAGCAGAGAGGACCUUUGCACGGUUUAGCUAUAGGAAUUCAGGAUAUCAUGGACACUAAAGACAUGCCUACACAGUAUGGCUCUCCCAUCGACGAAGGAUACCAGCCGGACGCCGACUCACAUGCUGUUGCGACUCUUCGAGCUGCUGGUGCACUUAUCUUCGCUUCUUAUACUAAGAUCUUCACUAUGAAAGCGACCUUUAACGCUAUUUCGACAAAAAUUCACAAGCCCUGUGCGCCGAGCUUCGACACCAUCGGUUUCUUUGCACGUAGUAUUGAAGAUCUGCAGCUGCUGGCAGACGUCUUUGAUCUGAAGGACGAUGAGCCUCCGAAAGAUACAUCCCUGGAUCAAAUUUCUGUCGCUGUGAUCAAAACUCCAUUCUGGUCCUCACAAGGGCUUGGGACACUAUGCAGCAUGUACAAUUCUAUCGACAUCCUCAAGAGAAACAAUGUCAAAGUCGAAGAAGUCUCCUUCCCGCCAGAGGUUGCUGAUCCCGAAGUGCUCAUAAGAUUGCGAGACGUCAUCAUUCAGGGUGAAGCACGCGUGUCAUUUCUACCAGAGUAUCACCUUAACAAAGCAAAACUGGCGUACGAAAUCCGUGAUAUUAUCGAAAAGAGAUCGAAUAUCACCCGGAAAGAACUGAGAGAUGCGUAUGAUGAGUACUCAAAGAUGAGAACUAUCAUCAACGAUCUAGGCAAAAAUUACGAUAUUAUCCUUGCGCGCAGUGCCGUAAACGAUGCACCGGUUGGUCUUGACGACAUGGGAAGCCCCAUCUUCAAUACCCUUUGGAUAGGCUUUCAUAUGCCAGUCAUCAACAUACCAGCGUUUUUCGGGGCAUGGGGUAUGCCCAUCGGCGUAUCACUCAUCGCUCCCAGAUUCCACGACCAGCAGUUGUUGCGGAGGAGUAAGGUCAUCAGCGAGAUACUCAUGGCAGAUGUUGAAGAAAGAGCCAGAGCCUUUUUUCCAUGA